AUUUCCCUCACGGACGUCACCGCACUUCCGUUCCCCAUGACACCGGAGUGAAGUUCUGACAGCUCAGGCUUCACUCGGUGCAUCCUCACCCCAAAAAGCCUUCACAAAUAUCACAUUUUCUCACCAUUUUCGCUCUCAAGUGCCUCAAUCUCCGCCUGGAGCUUCAGCGAGCGGAGGGGCAGCCGAUGAUGUUGUAGCACGGAGCGCUCGCUCGGAGAUUACAGGCAUUUGAGUAGCAGUGCAGACCAAGGCAGAGCGCUGCUGAGUAGCCAUGCUCACAUUGGCCAGUAAGCUGAAAAGGAGUGAUGGAGGACAGACUGGCCGUGCCUCUGGAGCCUCUGACUCAACUCAUAGGGUCUCGAUAAGGGACCGUCUCCUUACCAAAGAAGUUGCAGAACUUGAAGCCCAUCUUCCUAGUACAUGCACAGCCAAUUUCCCAGACGAGGACAAGCUGCACCAUUUUCAGUUGGCAGUGUCUCCUGAUGAAGGUUACUACCAAAGUGGGAUGUUUCAGUUUGAAAUAGAUGUUCCAGAAGCUUAUAACAUGGUGCCUCCAAAAGUGAAAUGUCUGACUAGAAUAUGGCAUCCAAAUAUCACUGAGAGUGGAGAGAUCUGCCUGAGCCUAUUGCGUGAACAUUCUAUCGAUGGAACAGGAUGGGCUCCCACCAGAACGUUAAAGGAUGUGGUCUGGGGAUUGAACUCGUUGUUCACCGACUUGUUGAAUUUUGAUGAUCCGUUAAACAUUGAUGCGGCAGAACAUCAUCUGAGAGACAAGGAAGAUUUUCGUAAUAAAGUUCAAGAUUACAUCAAGCACUACGCCAGAUGAUAGACGCAUCGCGCCGCGUCAAGCUGCUCCACCUUUGCCUCAUCUCGGCCGGGUCCUCACGCAAUCAGUCGCCGGCCGUCCUAAAGUCCCACUUUUGCUCACCAGAUUGCAAUAAACCUCAACGUUUUUAAAGGAAGGACGCGUCCACACAAAGCACCGUGCUUGAAUGGUCCUACAGUGUUUUUGGAGGCGACAGUGUGUGAUCAUCGUGACGCAGUCACUGAAUUAAGCUGCUGGCUUGGCGCUUGAACGGCCAACGUUCCUGCGACGUGAUGAAUCACAAUGAACGUAUGUAUUUGUUUUAACAUUAAGUCAUUCAGAGAAGGUUUCAACAGUUGUCACGUUCCAGUGCCUGCAGUGCUUGUGUUGGGAAAGAGAAAAUGCAUUUAAAGAACACAUUUACACACACAUCAUUAUUAUUAUUAUUAUUAUUAUUAUUAUCUAUGCUGUCACGCUACAGUAGUACUCAUGCACACACGCUGCAGAUCAACUCCCAGCCCACAAGACAGCAUUUGAAUGAUCAGCACCAUAUCUGUCUGUUGUCAUUCUUUUGCACGUUCACACACACACACACACACACACACACUUUUGAUCACCUUUGUUUACCUCAUGUGCAGAGGGAGUGACUACUGUACAAUAACUGGACACUUUUUGUCUUCUGCUGCUCAUCUUCCCGUUUCUCUUUUCAUCUGCCUUCUCGUCAUGUCACUCAGACACACACACACAAAAUUAAAAACCAAAAGAAUAAGAAGGUCCACUUAUGCCGGACACGAGUGCAGGCAGCGAGUACUUGAGUUCGGUAGACAAUAAAUUCUGGUCAACAAUAGCAAAUUAUUCAAAAGCAGAAAGAGUAAUUACUUUUUUUUAAGGUUGUUUUGAACAAAAUCUACCGUCUUCCUAAUUUUUUAGAAUAUUUUAAUGUGGAAAAUACAGGCCAUUUACCCUUACAAAUGUAUCCUCCAGCAAUUAGGAUUACAGUCAAAAAGCUGAUCUGCUCAAGCACAGGUGUCAAACUUGAGGCCCAGGGGCCAGAUCUGGCAAGCCAUAUAGCGUUUAUGGCCCACAAACGCCUGGAAAUAAUAUGCGUCAAUAAAGUACCUUUUUUAUUUUUUUUAUUUUUUACUGCAUGUAUUAGUUUUUUCCAUUUUGACAGAAAAAAAAACCUGCAUGAAAGUGCAUACUUUUUAAAAUUGAAUCAUACUUUCCAAACAAUUGUUUUUUUUAAAAAUAAAAAUAAAUACAUAAAUAUCUUCUUUACCUAUGAUUUCAAAGCAAGUUUUCCAUUAAAUCGUACACUGCUAAAUAGAUUUUACGGUAAAAUGUACCGUGGUUUUUACAGCAUAUUGCUGUGAAUUGAAAAACAGUAUAAUUCUGUUGACUGAGUUCCGAUUUUUUUACUGUAAAAUCCACGGUUGUUGUUUUUACGAUGUAUUACUACUUUAAAUGGAAAAACAGUGCAGCAUUUUUUUAUGAUAAAAAAACUGGCAGCUCAGUUGCCAGAAUAAAAAACCAAACAAAAACAGUACUACUGUUUUUCCAAUAUGUUGUUAAAAAAAAAGUUCCGCCUACUAAGCUGCCUGGUUUUUCCGUAAAUAAAACAGUGGUACUGUUUUUCCAUUUACCGUAAUAUAUUGUAAAAACACAUUAUUUUUUACAGUAAAAUUCUUGUGACCGAGUUGCCAGUUGUCACUGUAAAAUCAACAUUUUUUUUACAGUGUACAUACGAAAUAUAUAUAAUAAUAGGCCAAUUCAUAUAUUAUUUGCUGUUACAAGCGGCCUUCUGAUGGCAGUCAAAACUGCGAUAUGGCCCUCGACGAAAACGACACCCGUGUGGUAAAGCAUUGUCUUAUUUUUCUCAACCAUGACUAUAGGAAGGACAAGCCGUAAAAGAAAACGAAUGAAUGGAUGAAAAUGUGCUCUUGGGUGUAGACUACGGUGGUACCUCAGUUUUUGCCAGUAAUCCGUUCCAAAGAGAAAAAACCCGAGUCAUACGAGAACUGAAGCAUUUUUCCACCUUGGAAAUACUGUAAAUCCAGUUAAUUAAAUACAGACACCCCAAACUAAUAACGAAAAAAUUACUAUAGGAGAAAACAAUGUGAAAUAACAUCACUGUUACCUUUAUUGAAGACUCUUCAGACUUCAGUUUCUUUCUUGAAUUAAAUUGUGUUUCUUACUUUUUUGACACUCACAACUUUAAUCGGCCCCUUUGGUGGAUUACUUUAAAAAAAGAAAAAAAGCACUUAAGUUGAGUCACCAAAGCAUAGGAUUCUUUGUUCAGGCACUUGGUUGUGUGGAAUGGCACGCGACACACUUACCGGUUUGUUACAUGCAAUGAAACAGAAUAUGAAAAUGUUGGUGAACGUUAACGCAGAAUAACACAUUUUAGGUGAGGCAUACAAAAACCUAGGUGCCACUGUAAUUGUCCUUUAUUGCAGAUGGUGCUACUCCUUUACUAGAUGAAACAACACACCCAGAUGAGCCGUUUUUGCCAUUGUGGAGAAAGGCCAGUGAAAAAUGUGUGCGUGUGUGAGAUGAGGAUACAAACUGUCACAUGCUUAAGCCAGUGACAGUUUAUACCUCUGGAUUUGUCUUCUUCCUUUCAGAUCCAAACUGCUUUUCUUCUUCCUUUCUUUCUGUUUACCUGUCAUGAUGAAGAAAUGUGUUGGAAGAGAGAUAGAAAGUUCACUGUGUGGAUGUGUGCGCGUGAGGACAUCUCCACUACGAUGUGUUUAAUGUGACUUGUUGGCAUGCUCUGACUCCUUCAUGUCGUCCUUUUUCUUUGCGUCGCAACUUCUGGUCCACAGUUGAAAAAUAAGAGGACCCAUGUCACAGCAGACAUGUAACAACACAUCUGCCAAGGUAAAGGAUGGGGACAGUAUGACGACACAAGUAGUAGAUAAAGUCAACGUGCGCAGUGUUGGUCCAGUAUUCAUUUUAGCCUUACUCACACUGACGGUACAUUGCGUGUCCUUUAUUUUGGCGGUGUGUAGUGAUUGAUUGUUUUUCUGAGGCUGCUGUUUGGGAAAUCUGCAUGAGCUCAUGCCAUAUUUCAACCAGGAGAGAAUUUAGAUUGAAAAGCCAGUCCCUAAAAUUCUCAACUGUGUCUCUCUCAGAUUGUACAUCCGUUUUUUUUUUUAAAGAAAUAUUAAAAAAUUAUAUAA